AUGGCCCCCAAGGUCGCAGCGGCCCGUUAUGGCAAGGACAACAUCCGACUAUACAAAGUGGAAAAGGACGAAGCUACCAAAACGCACACUGUGUACGAGAUGACGGUGCGCGUGUUGCUGGAGGGGGAUAUUGAGACAUCAUACACCCAAGCAGACAACAGCGUAGUCGUCGCAACCGACUCAAUGAAGAACACAACCUACAUCAUGGCCAAGCAGCACCCGGUGCAUCCUCCGGAACUAUUCGCAUCCAUUUUGGGGACUCACUUCGUCGAGAAAUACAAGCACAUCCACACCGCACAUAUCGACAUCAUCCAGCACCGAUGGACCCGAAUGACCGUCGACGGGAAACCGCACCCGCACUCAUUCUACCGCGACGGCGAGGAAAAGAGACUGGUCACAGCGGAUAUCAUUGAAGGCAAAGGAAUUGAAAUCAGGUCUGGCAUUUCCGACCUUUUGGUCCUAAAAAGCACGGGCUCCGAGUUCCAUCAUUUCAUCCGCGACGAGUUCACCACCCUGCCCGAGGUAUAUGACCGUAUCCUUAGUACCUCGGUCGACGCCGGCUGGAAGUGGUUCACGUUCGGUGACCUCAAUGCUGUCAAAAAGGACGUAGCCCUCUUUGACGAUACCUGGUCCAAAGCCAGAGAUAUCACUUUCCGUCUCUUCGCCCUCGAAGAGAGCCCCAGCGUCCAAAACACAAUGUACAAAAUGUGCGAGCAGAUCCUGGCUGCGCAACCGCGCGUCCAGGCCGUCGACUAUUCUCUGCCGAACAAACAUUAUUUCGAAAUCGAUCUGAGCUGGCAUAAUGGUCUCAAGAACACUGGCAAGGAUGCCGAAGUGUAUGCGCCUCAAACGGACCCCAAUGGUCUGAUCAAAUGUACCGUGACACGAUGA